AUGUCCGCCUCCGCGUCGGACGUGUCCACUGCCGCCGCCACGUCGCUCCGGCCAAUGAGAGGCCGCCACGUCACCUUCCCCGCCGCCUCAGCCAACCGGCGCGCGCCACCUCACCCCGCCUCUCUCUCCUUCGCCGAGCCGCGCCCCGUCGGCGCCUCCCCGCCGCCCGGCGUGCCGCCCCUGCUCCUCCCGCCGGCGACCGGAGUCGCCGCGCCAAUCCGCCCGUGGCCACGCGCCUCCAUCGGCGCCCUGCCAGCCGACCCUCGCCGCCUCCCGCGCCCCGCGCCGUCCCCGCGCCGCCCGGCCUUCCCCGCCGCCGGAUCUCCUCCGUCGCCGGCGUCCAAGCUCGCGGGCGCCGCCUCCUCGCCGGACCGGGUCGGGGUGGAUGAGAUCCACCCGUCCCGCGAUCCAAACGCGCCGUCCCGCGACCCGGAUCCCUCCGUCCCGCUCCGUCUCGUCCCGCGUUGA